AUAUAACUACAUACAGUCAUUGAUAUAUAGCCUAGGCUACAUGAGGAGAAGAAAAACAACAAUGUAAACGUCGCUCUUAAACCGGAAUGCUUCUGAAUAGGGUUAGGCUACUGAAGGCGGCGCUGUAGAAUGAGGAAGUUCCUACGGUAUGAUAGUGGGUUCUUCAAGCGUGCUUCUUUCUCCACGUCCGUUCUCUGACAGAUGCCAGAAUCGACACACUGAAGCGGUCUGUUGACGGGACGAUAAACAGCUUCUUCGCCUGUGGCAUAGCAGUCUAUCGUGGACUGAGAUCAUUUCAUUUCGCUAUGGGGGCAUCUUCUUCCAGUCUGCUGGAUGAGACUAAAUCCAACUACAUCAGAGGUCGUGCGGAGUCCGAGCUGAAGAACUUCAGUCCCCACUACAGGCAGCAGUACUUUGUAGCCUUCUUCUCUCAGCUGCAGGAGGAGGUGGAGCAACACAAAGAGACACACACUCAGCUCCUUAAACAGAGGGAGCCCCUUAGGCCAGAGGAAGUUCUGUAUCAGGACAGUGUUCUGCACUAUGACGACACCGGGAAGUGGAAGGAGAGGUUUGUGGUGAUGAGAGCCAAUCACAGCCUGGAGUGUCAUGACAACCAGGAGAGCUUCAGUAAAGGUGUUCCGGCCAGACAGAGACUCCUGCCAACAGGGGGCGUAGUUCUGACAUCAGAGGAGAAGUACACAGCGCUGGUGGACAAGGCCUUCCCUGACCCUAAAUGUUUGAAGGAGGAGACAUCUCCCCCCAUGGUAGUGGUACCUUCUGGUCAGUUCCCUGUCUACCUCAGACUGCCCUACAGACGUGACGUGUACUUUAGCUUCCCCCAGGAGGACCGACGAGCGACCUUCCUCUCCAUCCUCACGGGCUGCAUCAGGCACCAGAACCACGAUUCUCUGAGGAGGUCUUCCUGUGAGUCUCAGGCGUUCCUCAAGGCCAUACAUUUCUACCGUCAGGAGAAAGGACACUAUGAAUCCUGGGACAUGCUGGUGGGCUGUGAGGAGCAGGUCCUCGCCAAUCUGGUUUUGGAGGAGCUACAACCCUCUUUACAGACAGAACUGCUGGCCAGACUAAAGGGAAAGAAAGCAGGGAGGAAGAGAGUCUGGUUCACCACGUUGGAAGCCGCGUACCACCUGGUCCAGGAUCAGCUGAGGGAGGGUCUGAAGGGACUGAAGGAGGAGUGUAAAGAGACAGCCAGGUCUCAUGAAGCUCUGCUUCGCUCUGAUAUGGACCAGAUAGCCAGUUCUAGAACCUUCCUGCAGGCCAAGCUACAAGCCUCCGUCAGUGAUCCAGCAGCAAAGUUCUGCAGUGAGAACGUGUCUCCGUACCUGGCGUCCAUCUUGGAAGAGCUGAUGUCUCCGGUGACGGGGGGCUUCCAUGGGGUCCGGCUUCUCCUGGAGGGGGAGAUAAACACUCUCUGCCUGGGCUUCCCCGAGGGAGCGGGGCAGGAGGGGUUAAACCAGGCGCUGGGUCAGAUGUGUCAGGCAAGUCUGGAAGAGUGUUACCAGAAAGUGGAGGUCCUGACAGAACAGCUUCAGGAACUCAGGCAUCGCUUCAAGUUCUCCAACUCAGUUCGUCUGAUCCACUGCACGCAGAUAGACAUGCAACAGCUGAUAGAGAAUGCCGUGUACACCUUUAAAUUGCUCCUCCAGAGCUCACUGAAAGACAACUCUUCCAAACUCACCUCAGCCAUGGAGAAAGCAAAGCUCAGAGUCCUCAAGCAAUAUGACCAUGACAGUAGCACGGUGAGGAAGAGGAUCUUUCAGGAGGCUCUGGUUGACAUCACGCUUCCUGCUAUCAGGAGGAACCUGGCUCCGGCACACAAACCGGACCUGCAGAAGUUAGACCAGUACAUCUUUGCUGAUUACACCAACUUCAUCAAAGUGGAAAACGUUUAUGAAGAUAUUCUACUGAACAUUCUGACCAUCGAGGUGGACAAAGUGGUGAAAGAAGCUGCCAGUCUGAGGAAGAACAACUUGAUGGUGGACAGUACUGACCUGCAGAGUGCCAGCCAGACCAGCCUGACAGACAGUCGCACCCUUCCCCUCUCCGCCCCCGCCAGCCCUGCCAAGAUGGCUGUCUCUGGGCUGAGCAGACAGGCCGAGCGGGCACCUUCUCCCCUGGUGCAGAACUUGUCUUCUAGCGCUGGGAGGCUGGAGGUGGAAGGUGGCCCAGUGGUCCCAGAUAUGGCUGCCCUCACUCCUCCUGUCAUUGUCAUAACUCCAAAAAGUGAGACUCCAGACCCAGACCCAGCCCCACUCUCACUCCCAGACCCAGCACAUAUACUUACCUAUACUGCUGAUGUCUCUGUAGCAGAGCCUGAUACCCCUUCACCUCUACCUGAUACCCCUUCAUCUCUACCUGAAAUGUCCUCUGCUGAAAGUGAUUACCCCUCUGGUGCUGCCUCAACCAAACCUGAUGCUUCCUUAGUCAAUCAUGACGCCCCUUUGGCCACAAUCACACCUUAUGCCGCCUCCCCCCAGCCUCCUCUUCCUGUGGCUGAACCAGCUCCCCAGACACCGGAAGUUACAGACACAGACAAAGCAUCCCAACCACCAGGAACUGAAGACAAACCAGACACAGACAAAGCAUCCCAACCACCAGGAACUGAAGACAAACCAGACACAGACAAAGCAUCCCAACCACCAGGAACUGAAGACAAACCAGACACAGACAAAGCAUCCCAACCACCAGGAACUGAAGACAAACCAGACACAGACAAAGCAUCCCAACCACCAGGAACUGAAGACAAACCAGACACAGACAAAGCCAGAAACAGCCCAGUGAGUGACAGUGUGUUGGUGUGUGUCGAGGCUCUGUCAGCUGUGAGUAUGAUUCUUCCUGAGGCCACGGUGCUCUCCACUGGUCAGAGACAGAGACAAGCCACAGACAGAGCAGUCUACCUGAAAACUCCUGCAGGGGUGAAGGAGGGGGCAUCUGUAUCUUUCACCGUGGACAAGAAGGAAGAGGAGGAAGAACAUCUUUGUAAGGAGGCGGAAGCACAUCACAUUGGUACAGCCCCAUCCAACGCCCAUAUAGAAACUGUAGACAGUGAUUUGGUCCACUCUGACACCCCUCCAGAAAUUAAAGCUAGUGGUACAGUCCAAACUAGCUCAUCUACCCAAGCCAGAGACACUGAACCAGCCUGCCCGACUCAGAAUGACCCUAACUCCACUGAACCAGCCUCCCAGACUCAGAAUGACCCUAACCCCACUGAACCAGCCUCCCAGACUCAGAUGGACCCUAACCCCACUAAACCAGCCUCCCAGACUCAGAAUGACCUUAACCCCACAGGAUCAGAGAUGCAGCCUGGAGGCAGUGAGGACAGAGCUGCAGUUACCUCCGUCACUAGAGUUACUGUCACUGAGAGCGAGGGUGCCCUGCUUGCAUGCAAUACCCUGGUCACAUCACGCGGGGGUGCUACUACUCCACUCACUGGGCCUGGGGAGGGUGUAGUGGAGGCAGGGGAUAGAGGAGAGGCUCUGGGGGGUGUAGUGGAGGCAGGGGACAGAGGAGAGGCUCUGGGGGGUGUAGUGGAGGCAGGGGAUAGAGGAGAGGCUCUGGGGGGUGUAGUGGAGGCAGGGGACAGAGGAGAGGCUCUGGGGGGUGUAGUGGAGGCAGGGGACAGAGGAGAGGCUCUGGGGGGUGUAGUGGAGGCAGAGGACAGAGGAGAGGCUCUGGGGGGUGUAGUGGAGGCUCUGGGGCUACAGUCUAACACAGUGGGGAUGGAGGGAGAGGGGGAAGCGGUUCCAUUGGGUAGUGUGCAGUCCAUCCGUGACUUGGUGAUGGAGGUAGUGGAGGUGGAAGAGCUGAUACAGAGGUGUCCCCCAGAAAACAGCACUCCCUAGCUGGGGAAAGAACGACUAGGGGGGGUGUACCAACAGCAGAGCAAUUAACGGUGUUCAUUUUGAACCCAAUUCAAAAUCUAUUAACUAUUUCUAUGUCAAAUAAAUGACUGAAAAUGUUUAGGAGGUAUUCAUCUCUCUCCUCCCUCCUCAGAGGAGCACACAGACUGAUAGAAGUUGAGGAGGUAUUCAUCUCUCUCCUCCCUCCUCAGAGGAGCACACAGACUGAUAGAAGUUGAGGAGGUAUUCAUCUCUCUCCUCCCUCCUCAGAGGAGCACACAGACUGAUAGAAGUUGAGGAGGUAAUCAUCUCUCUCCUUCCUCCUCAGAGGAGCACACAGACUGGAGAAGAAGGAAAACUGACCAAAUAACAUAAACUUUAACAUCUGAUAGCUAUACUAACAAGGACUGCUAUUGGUGCAGCAGACGAUAAUACAACUUUCACUUACAUAUUCAAUUUUAUAUUGAACAACUUUUUUUGUUGAAAUAAUUGUCAUCUUUUUAAUAUUUUGGGGGGAUUGAAAUGAGCACCGUCCCUUACAUUUUGUUCUGUUGUGCAGUUGGUUUUACCGUGACAACAGAAGUACUGCAUUUCUAAGCCAUUUUGCUUUGUUCUGUAGGACCUUUUGGGACAAAGCUAUUUAGAUCUGAAUAUAUUUAACAGUUAAAAGAAUGAUAAGGGAGGUGCUUAAAUUAAUAAAAACAUAACAAACACUUAA